CCUCCAACAUGCUUCGUCUUCACUAAACGGUGACGUUUUAUACCCAGUUCACCUCAUCCUUCUACAAAUGGGGAAUGGCGUUAGUGGCUGUUGCGCGGUAACCACCGCCGGAGAUAUUUCCAAGCGAUACGACGUCGUACCGGUUCACGACAACCUAGGUCACUCUUUCUGUUAUGUCGGGCCAGUUCUCAACGGAUCAAGAUCUUCUUUCCAACAAGAACCGUCCCUCCGACUAGACUCCAUCCCCGGAGCCACCACCACAACCUUCUCAAUCUCCGGCGCUUCCGUUAGCGCCAAUACUUCAACGGCGCUCUCUGCCGGCUCCCCGUCAACAGACGCGUCCUUACUAGCCUCAGGGUUCGAAAGCUCUAGCAGAUUCGCUUCCUUGCCGCUCAAGCCCGUCCCGCGUAGUCCGAGUAAGAAGCCGGGUCACGAGUCGGGUGUGUUCGAGCGGCGGUUUUUAUCUGGUCCGAACGAAAGCGGUUUGGUUUCAGGUCCGGUCGGGAAGAACAAGAAGAAGAAAGAGAAACCAAAGAAGAUCAAAUCAUUUACGAAACCUAAACCGAACAAGAAGUUUCUCACAUUCAAAACCAUUGUCACCAAUAUCAUCUCUUCUUGCUCUAAGAAGAGCGUGGUUGAGCCAAUCUACGGUUCCUAUUCAUCUCACGAAUCUUUAGAUUCCUAUGAGACCAACACAACUCUGAGAAGCCAAGAAAGCCGUCGAACAACCAAAGAACAAGAAGAAGAAGAAGAAGAAGAGAUGACUGAGUCUGUUUUGGAGGAGGAGCCUAAGAUACAAUGGGCGCAGGGGAAAGCAGGGGAAGAUCGAGUACACGUCAUCCUCUCUGAGGACAAUGGUUGGCUUUUCGUCGGGAUCUAUGAUGGAUUCAGCGGUCCAGAUCCACCGGAUUAUCUUCUCAACAAUCUCUACACCGCCGUGCUUAAAGAACUCAAAGGCUUGCUAUGGAACGACAAAUUAGAAGUCCAGGAUCUUGAAUCAUAUAUCGAAAACGGUGAGCCCCAGAUCAAGAAACAUAGUACAGUCGACCAAGUUUCUGUUUCGGGCCAUGUAAUGAAAGAAGUCUAUGUUGCUUGUGACUCAAGAAACAUGAAAGAAGACUAUGUUGCUUGUGAAUCAAGAAACAUGAAAGAAGACUCCGACGCUUGUGACUCAAGCAACGUAACAGAGGAUGUAACGAAGUUGCAAUGGAGGUGCGAGUGGGAGCAUAACUCAAGAAACAAGAACUCUACGCAUCAGAAUCGCAAGGGAACCGAUCUGGAUAUGGUUAACCACAAAGACGUUCUGAGAGCUCUUCAACAAGCGUUGAAGAAAACCGAGGAAGCGUUUGAUCUAACGGUGGAUGAGAAUCCAGAGUUAGCAUUGAUGGGAUCGUGUGUUCUUGUGACACUGAUGAAGGGAGAGGACGUCUACGUGAUGAGCGUCGGAGAUAGCCGAGCGGUUUUGGCUAGAAGACCUGAUCUAAGGCAGAGGAAGAAGAUGCAAAACGAGCUUGAGAGAAUCAAAGAAGAGAGUCCAUUAGAGACAUUCUUGGUCCGGGACAAAGGAUUGAAUCUUCUGGUUCCUGUUCAACUUAAUAUGGAACACAGCACAAACAAUAAAGAGGAAGUGAGAAGAAUCAAGAUGGAACAUCCUGAUGAUCCGUUGGCGAUAGAGAAGGAUAGAGUGAAAGGAUAUCUCAAGGUCACACGUGCUUUUGGCGCUGGGUUUCUUAAGCAACCAAAAUGGAACGAGGCGCUUCUAGAGAUGUUCAGAAUAAACUACUUUGGAACAUCGCCAUACAUCACGUGCUCUCCGUCCCUACACCACCACAGACUCACGUCACGUGACAAAUUCCUCAUCCUCUCCUCAGAUGGAUUGUAUGAAUACUUUUCAAAUGAGGAAGCCAUCUUUGAGGUCGACUCUUUCAUCUCGGCCUUCCCUGAAGGUGAUCCUGCUCAGCAUCUCAUCCAAGAAGUCCUCCUUAGAGCUGCUAAAAAAUAUGGUAUGGACUUCCAUGAGUUGCUGGAGAUACCGCAAGGAGAUCGCCGCAAGUAUCAUGAUGAUGUUUCUGUGAUUGUAAUUUCACUUGAAGGAAGAAUUUGGAAAUCUUCCAUGUGA